AUGGCGCUCGACAGCUACUACCAGAACAAGAUUGAGGCGAUGAAGCUUGAGAUCCUCAAGGGCCAAGCUGUCCUCCGCCGUCUUGAAGCCCAAAGAAACGACUACAACUCUAGGGUGCGUUUGUUGAGGGAAGAGCUCGGUCUGCUACAACAACCAGGUUCCUACGUCGGCGAGGUGGUCAAGGUCAUGGGCACGAAGAAGGUCCUCGUCAAGGUGCAUCCUGAAGGCAAAUAUGGUAUGCAUCACUGUCUCCCGAGCGUCCAGGAUCUGUCCUCAUUCUGA